AUGAUAUUUGAUAUUAAUGGUGAUCGCUUCCCAUACUAUAAAUCGAACGAUGAUCGUUGGAAGAACUCAGUACGACAUAACCUCUCCAUCAAUCCACAUUUCCGCAAAGGACUCAAGGCGCCGCAGGGUGCUGGACACUUGUGGACAAUCUCAAGUGGAGAUUCAGCAGAGAAUGUACUGGCAUGGGAACACAAGAAACAACGUCUGGAUCUGUUCUUCAAAAUGGAGUCGAUGAAUCGUGAACGCCUGCAACAGCACCAGCAACAAAUGCAGCAACGUCAAAGUUGCACUUCGCCGCAUCCAGAUUGCCAACAACAGCAACAACGAAAGCAGCAGCAACAACAACAGACAUGCGUCUACGAUGAGGCAGCUACCGCCGCUGCUACAAUAGCACGAGAAAUGCUGAGCAACAGCGGCGACGAAGGCUGCGCGCGGAAUUCCAACAACUCCAGCGACACCAACAAUCAGAGGCUGGAGAGCAACCAUUUGGUGCACGAGUUGCCAUUUAACGACCUGAUGAGCGAUGAGGAGCUGCGCAAGACAGCUGGACAAAUUUUGAAUGGUAUUCACCGCGAAGUGGAGGUGCAAUCGGUGAACUCUAUCAUCAGUACCUAUCACGAUGUGUUGCUGGAUAAUGAAGAUUACCUCAAUCCCAUACACAAGGAUGUUGCUGUGCACGAAAGUGGCCUGCGCAGCACGAAUGCCACACAUCUGGCGUCCAGCUCAUACAUACAUUCACACAACACAACGAACUCCCAGUAUUAUGUCACCGAAAUCGAUCCACUGGAAUUGGGCAUACAAAUGUCACACCAAGUGGGUGCCGAGGAGGUGCUCUUCAACGAUGAGUUCAAUUUGAAUUACUUUGGCUAUAAUGGCGCCAACGAUAUUGCGGCCUGACCGCCAACCAGAGCUGAUGGAGCUUCAAGUUGCUCAGUGCCGCUCAUCAGUGUAACCGCGGUGGCCGGACGUGUAAGUUCGAUUGCGGCCUUAGAAGCAGGCACACCCACACAACUGCUGGGUGCGAGGCCGGUUGAACGAGCUUACGGUCAACAAAAGCAAUAAUCGGUGUAGCCGUGUAUUAGUCAUGUAUUAGUAAGAUUAGUAGCAUAUAGUAUAUAUGUAUGUCAGAGAGGUCUAACAAUCAUUUCUAGUCAUUAAAUGUGGGCGAUAUUAGUCUGUUGGAUAGAUACUAAGCUCACAAUUUACUAAAGAUACAUCUAGCAGUUUAUUAGAACAUUAUCAACUAUAGAUAUUAGGCGAAAUCGGUUAGCAGUUAAGUAUAUAUUUAUUUAUAUUAGUGUUCUUUUGUGUGUAUGAGCUAUAACUAUGCUUGAAGUACCCAGAUCGUAACUCAUGUUGGCUGCAGCCUAUAACACAAUUCAUUCGUCUUCAAAAAUAUCCUGCAA